GUGUUGAGCUUUCGGCCAGAGCUGACGACCUCCCUCCCAAGCCCAAUGCUAAAGCCCGUGCUUGACGAACGCCGGCAGCCCCGCUAACUGAGGAGCUAACACAGAGAAGUGUAGCUCACUGAACGGGUGUGAAGUGCAGUGCCUUAUAAAAUAAAAUUAUCAAAUAUACUCGUACCUGCGUUGGAGUGGCGGAGGAAUCACGCGGCCGUGGGGACACUUUGAGAUUGAGUUCAUUGAUUGAACGUCCCAGCGCUGCGUCAUGUUGUUGCUGCCAUCGCAAUCAUGUCCAGCAACAACAGGAACAACAACCACUACAAGCAACUACGAAAACUAAUUUGCAAAAAUCAUAAAAACAAAAUCAGAAUCACGAGACAAUAAAAGCAGACAGUAUAACUUUAUCAAGCUGGUAUAUGACCAGAUCAAACUGGAACAAAAUCCAGAAGCAGUUACAAACGCGAGAAUAGCUGAAAAAUUGCAGUAUAUUUUUGGUUCACACUAAAACAAGAAAACUGAGAAACCGCACUGGAAGAGUAACAGCAACAAGAACCACUAAAAGAACCACAAGCACAAGUGUCUCCAUUUUCUUGUGCGAAAAACCAUUCUGUGAUAUCUCAAGACCCAAAGAUGGCAUCGUUAACCUUGCACUUGAUAGUGAUAACUCUUCUGGCGGCGGCAGCUAUGACAACGGUAACAGCAGCAACGCGGCAGCGGGGCAGAGGAAAAGCAGCAGCAUCCACAACUAGCACCGAAGUGCCAACGCUGCGGGCGCCCCGACAGCGCCGUCCGCCCACUACGCAAUCAAUUGAAAUCCAGUUGUUCUCGAGCCGCAGUCGGAGUCUGAGCCGCAGCAGCAGCACCACCACCACCACCAGCCCGCCCUUGCCACAAACAUCAGACAAUAAGCAGCAGCAGCAGCGUCGCCGCUUCACUACCACAACGACAACAACUACAACAGUCGCCCCUUCGGCGAGGACUCUGCGGGACCGGGGAAGCGGGAGAGGUGCGCGUCAGCCCCGCGACACGCCCGCGCUGAGCAGCGUCAGCGAAUUCGGUGGCAGCAGCAACAGCAUCAGCCGCAGUUGGGGCCAGCCGCAAGCUCUACCCAGCAGUGCCAUUCCUUCUGUCCACAUCGCCAAUACUGCCACUUCCGAUUUCGCAUCCACAUCUAGUUUGGCUUCUCGAGGCGGCGCGUUAAAAACGCCGCGCAUGAUCCAGAGAUUAGUGGCUGGACACAUACAAAAUGCGCAGGGACAUUCCACCUACGAGGUGUCGGCGGUGAGUGCCAAUAGCUCACACUCGGCCUCCACUUCCCUGCCAACAACGACCACAGCCAAAUCCACACCCACGUCGCGGGGCAACCAACCAACGUCGCGGGGCACUGGCAAGGCAAGCAGCAGCUAUCGUCUCGCCAAGCCGUAUCCAACACCGCCACCAUCCCCAUCAAUAUCACCAUCCCACCCAUACCUUGAUGACAACGACAACGACGAUGACGAGGCGUUGCUGAAUGAGGCAGAUGACUUCGACAACUGGGACAACGGGAUCCUUCGGCUGAGUGCGGGGUCGGGGAAGGAAGCCGAGGCGCCGGCAAAGAAGCCGCUCAAGGAGGACGCGAAAAAGACGCUGGCCGACCAGGUAAGGGAUGGCAAGUACGGGCUGAUCGAGAAGGAGCUAUUUCGCCGCAUACCCAAGCGACCAGGGGUGUUAAGCUAUGCCCGAAACUCCGAGGUGCCGCUGGAUAAUGAACGUAACUACGGGGGACUCAACGAGCAAGACAUCUGGCUUUCUGAAGAUCACCUGCUCGUGAUCAAGGGAGGCAGCCUUAAUGAGGAUGAGGAUCACGGCGGUGGCCAAUGGCCUCCCAUAGACGAUUACGAUGCGCCACCGCGACAAAUUAAGCUGCCAGCAAAUCCAGCGGUUCCGCCUCCCUUUCCCGUGCAGCUCGAGCCGCACGGGCCGCUGCAGAUUAUCCGAGAUAAUAAACUCGAGAUCCUCCAUCCGCCGCCUGGCAAUGCAACGCUAUCCGCUGACCUACCCAAGCAGGCGUCCAACCAGGGCUACGCUCCCACCCCGGCCCACACGGCGCAUCCUUCUUCCCGGGCGGGAGCGACAACAGCGUCUAAGGCAACUGCGCCCCCCUACGUCUAUCCGGCGCCCUAUGCCCAGUGGCUGCUAUACCCCAAUGAAACGACCCCGGGCAAUGGCCUGCUGAGAUCGUCGCCUCCACUGUUGGGGCCCUGGCUGAUAAACGGGCUGCAUGGCAACGGCUCCCUGACAGGGAAUACUGCAGAACUGCCUGGGAAUGGCAGCGAUUUCGAUGAGGACGACCCUUCACUCUAUUAUCCGCCGGCCUAUAGCUUUGUGUACAAAAGUAAUUACUCAAAUCCGGUGCCGCCGGGUCCGCUAGUUCCUGGGAUUGUCCUACCCCCUCCGCCAGAUCAUUUCAGCCACUUGGACAUCCAUUUAACGACCACCACUCGCAGACCCACCACAAGCAGCACCAUCUCCACCACGAGCACCACCACCACAACCACCACAACCACCACCAGCACAACCACGCCACGUCCACCUACGUCUCCACUACCGCUCAGGACAUCGUACAAGCCCAAAUACAAUGCCAUCAGUUACCUGCCGAAUUCUCGUCAGCACCACCCUUCUCCAAAGUAUGUUGAGCGGGUGCCAGUGCCCGUGGCGGUUCCCAUACCCAUCUACCCCAUUAACUACACGCCCAGGCCCGAGGCCAAGCUUGUGUUUGUGCCCAGUUCCACGGAGGGCAAGGCCCAGGAUAUGGAUCCGCCGCUCUCAAAGUCCAACCCCAUCUACUACGAGUACUUCGAGGCUAAGCGCCAGCCGGGGUCGAUCAAGUCCAAUGUUAUCGAGGACUUUCUGCCCACCAAAUCGCCGAAGCGCCAUCACCUUCAUCAUCAUCUUCACUACAAGGCAUCGGUCGGUCCGUCCAACGACGUGACAGAUAUUGUGAACAUCACUCCAAAGCCGCGGACCGCCCAGCUUCAGCUAAAUGCGGAGUACGAUGCCGCCCUGGGGCAGCUUCUGAGGAGCAACCUCAUAUCGGCAGCACCAGCAACAGGAGCAGCCACCGUAACUGGUCGCUUUCAUGCACCAGACUUUGACAAGCAGCCCUUCCUGCCCAUGGUUAACUACAGUGCGGACGAACAAGACCAGAAUGCCUUCAAGGCCAUCGUAUAUCAGACUCCCCCGUCCCGCCAGCGACAGCUGAGGGUGGGAAAGCAGCAGCAGCAGCAACAGCAGCAGCUUCAGCUGGACACCACGGAUGACUCCUAUCUACCCGAACGGCAACUGAGAGUGGGCAAGCAGCAGCAGCAGCAGGUCUACGACCCCCAAAUCUUCAGCACCCCAGGGCCACACUACGUUGACGAUCAGGUCAGGGGAGGAGUCCAUCUGCGUCCUCCUGCUCCUGUUCCUGUUCAGACAGGUGCGUUGCAGUUCUGGCAGCGUCCUCCGCCCCAGUUCAAGCGCGUGCGCCAAGGAAGUAAGCAUCCGCAUCCUCAUCCGCACCUCCACCCUUAUCCACCGUACUUCGUGCCCAGUUAUCCAAGUGCCCCGGCCGGAGAGCCUCUCUAUCGUCUGGUACCUGUGGCCCAGCACAAACACUGGCGCACUAAGCCGCAACAUCCUCUCCAGCAGGCCCAGCAGCAGUCGCAGCCCAUUCAGGUGCAUCCCCACGCGCAGUCCUAUCCGGACAGGGCCGUCAACAUUGGGCAUAGCCUGGCCGGUGACAUCUUGGUCAACUACAACAGCAACAAUCAGUUUAACCCCCAGGCGGAGUUAGUGCCUCAGGCUCAGUUGGCAGCGCCACCGCCACCGCCUCUGUCUUACCAGGCCCAGAGUGGCCAGGGUCUGGGGGGUCCGCUCUGGUCGGAGCGUGAGAAGCCGGCGCGGCAGCCACGUGCCCAGUAUACUGAGCAACAGCAACAGCAACAGCAGCAGCAGCAGUAGACGAUGGAGAUAAAGAUGGUUUCUAUGUCAUUGAUAGGCGUAAUGUCAAAAUGUGAUCUAUGGGGAGGACAAUCCAACACUAAGCCCAGCUUUUCCCAAAAUUAAAUUGGAGUAUUGCUGAUGCUGAUUUUGCCUCAUUUUCGAUUCUUCUUUUCCAAGUAUUCAAAGUUCUCCAUUCCGACCAAAGUAUUUCAGUGGCACAUUCCUUGUCAGGGGAUAAGUAGGGACAGUUUUAUCUGUUUAUCCAACGCGUACAUCCUUGUCCGUCAGAUCUGAUGGCAGUGGUUUUACAAGUAUUUGCUACGCGUCACGUCUACCAGGAGCUGACGCGUUUAUUUGAGGUGGAGCCAAUAUUGCACAAUGCAUAAAGCUGGCAUUGAGGCUACACUUAUGUACUUUGUUCCCAUUUCUUCUUUCCGAUACAACAACAUCAGCAUACCCGGAUCUGGCUCCAUAGCCUUCCUUUCAAUGGGGAGGCACAAGUAAUUAGUGAUGGAAAAUGAGGAAAGAACUAACGUUGUUCAUUCCUUACAAAUAUUACCAUGGGAUUUUUAUGGUUUACAUCGAUUUCUUCCCUUCCAAACGUUAUAAACUUGCUCCCCGAGUUAUAUUCUACCAAUUAUAAAUAAAUAUAUUAUGUAGAGCUGGUCAUUUAAGAUAAAUUAUAAUUUGAGGCCUGUUCACUCGCCUCAUUUGUGACAAGCAUCGAUAUACGUAUCGCGUAUCGCUUACAGGGUUACACAUCGAACCAAACUGGAUGUGCGCUUCAAGGCUUUUAGCUAAUAUGCAAGAUACACAGAUAUCUAUAUAUGCAUAAAUAUGUAUAUAUAGCAACAUGUACAUAACGAUGAAGUGUACGCAAAAUAAUCGAUGAAAGUUAUUCGUGCAUUACACAAAACCUAGUUUAAGGGAGAAAAAACGGAUCAUUUUCUUUGUUUGAUUUCCUUAAUUUUCUGUUCAAUCCUGUUUAUACACACAUGCUAUACCAUAUACACUAUAUGUACUAUUUAUUGUUUCCCUUUGAAUGUUUUCAAAAUCAAUGCGAAAUUUUGUAUAAAAGCCAUAACAACUAAGGUCACUGUAAGUUAAUAGAAACGCUGCAACAAUCACGGUAUGCAACUAAUAAACAUGAUAAAUAAUCGUACGCAAAUACCAUAUGUUAAAAUUUAAACAAUUAGAUGUACGACCUUUUUUUUGUUUAUUGUAAUAAAAGCAAAUAAUUUGUAGACGAGAAAUUUUAUCAUCGAAAUAAAGCGAAUCAAAUUGAAAUUUAAAAUGUC